AUGCAGAUAUUGCGAUUUGGAGGAAAGCCCUUUUUGAUGCUAACGUUCUCAGAUGUUGACUUGGAAGUCGUAGAAAAAGCUGGAAACGUGGGAGAUAAUGAUGCGUCUCCAGAUAACACACCAUCUCAGUUUCUCCUUCUUCGUGGGCUCGAGUCCUCUGUCAGCGAGGAAUUGCUGGCUAAAGGCGUCGCCAAAUUAAAUAAACCAGUUGCACCUUCAACUCAACCAGACCAGACAUCCGCCAAGAAAGGUGCAAAAGUAGCCUCAACUACGGGAAACGCAAACCUUGGAGCUAAAGAGGGUACGCUAAGAAGAGUCUUACUAGUUCGAGAUCGAAGCAGCAACGAUAGUUGGCGAUAUGGGUUCGCAGAGUAUGCUUCUAUUGAAGAUGCACAAGCUGCAUUGAUCAGGUACAACUCCUUCGAACGCUUCACUAUUGCCUCGAAGCAGGUUCUGGUCAGCUACAUUCAUGCUGGUGUCUUCGUACCAGUUCCCAACCCAACCACAGGCACUGAACGUUUCACCUUCAGUCCGGCUGGUAAUUCGUCAUUCAAGCUCGCGUACUGGGACGAAAAUGCAUAUGUGGCGGAGUUGCCUAUAAAUAUGUCCAAGUCAAAGGUAUCAGAUCCGAUUGUUUCUUCUACCCAUCCCACGGUGGGGACUAGUGCCAAAUCUGGUAAAGAUGCAGAAAAGAACAAGAAAAGAAAAGCCCAGAUUGAACCUGAUGCUGCAGGCACGAAGAAACCUGCACCAUCUCACCUACAAUUCUGGAGUAAUCGACACGCCGAGCUUCAUGGGAUUGGACACAAGGCCGCGAGGGAUAACGACACAAGCUCAGAAACAAGCUCUGCUCCCCCAUCUCAAUCUUUUGCCGAUCCCGAGAGACAAUGCUGUUACUUGUGCAUGCGGCAAUUCUCCACGGCUGCAGAGGUCAACAGACACGAGCGCUUGAGCGAGCUUCACCGACAAAACUUGCAGGACGAGGCAAAGGUUGUCAAAGCAAAUUACAAACUAGCAAAACACAACCUGAAAAAGCAGACCACUGCAAUAGGUCCACAAUACCGCGACCGCGCCAAGGAAAGACGCAAGAUCUAUGGCGUUGUCAACAAGAGAGGGGAGCAAGUUGGAGGAAACAAUGCUGCCAAGUCUUCUAAAGCCUCAUCAGAAGAUGAAUCCACGCCACCUGUACAGUCGAAGGGCGCAUCAUUGCUUAGCAAAAUGGGUUAUACCGCUGGGCAGGGCCUAGGCGUUUCAGGAGAAGGCAUGAAGGCACCCAUCAGCCAAGAUGUGUAUGUCGCAGGCGUUGGUCUCGGGGCGGAAGGUGGUAAACUGGGUGAUGCGGUGUCUGAAGCGGAGAGAAACACGAGGGGCGACUAUUCUGCAUUCCUUGAUCGAACAAGAGAGGGUGCAAGAGAGCGGUUUUCGAGGCUUGAAUGA